UCGAAGCAAGCGUUUGGCAACACAGAAAUCUGAAUAGCUCAGACAUCGUACACAAUUAACCACAUAAAAUAUAUAAACGAAAUUCGAAAGUAAUUUAAACAUAUUUUCGGCUAUCUUAGGAGAAAGGAAGAAGUCCCAUCUGAGCCGAGCGGGUAGCCGAGCGGAGUUUAUCAGCCAAUCAUCAAGAUGUUCAACAACAGGAAUCAGGAUCAGCAGGCAGCCAACCAACAAGAGUUGGACAAUCUGGUGGACUACAGCUCGGGAGCAAGCAGUGAACUGGAGGACGUUCACAUCAACAUCAUGAGCAAUGAUGACGGCAUUUUCGUUCAUACGACACCCAAUAAUAGCGAAAAUCUGUCUGGGGUCUCUGUUAACGGUAGUGCAGUGCCGCCGAGUGAGAGUACGAUCGUAUUCAAGCAGCUGUUUGCCACACUCGAGGCGGAACAUCAAAAGUUGCGGGGCCUGGAGCAGCGCCGCAUUAAACUGACCGAAGAAAUGAGAAAUCUGCGCGAUAUGCUUCAGAAGGAGAAUCGCCGAUUGCGCAGCCAAUCUCAGCAGCCGUUUACCCACUCAGAUUCAACACCGACUACCUCUAGUUCAGCCAGGAAAUCCCAUCAAUCCAAGUCUGCCAGGAAUUUACCACGUGAUGUGGCAGGAUCGUGCUUUAGCCGUGGUGUGACCAUAUUGGAGCACAAUAAGGCUAAUGAUUCGCUGGUGUCGGUGUCGCUGCCGUUCGGGCUCGAGGAGCAGAAGCCACGCCCACAGGUUGGCGAAGUAGUCAUCGAGAUGAUUGAUCCCAACCCACAACCGCAGACCACCGAAUCGUCUUCUCUCUGGCAUACGCCUGUUACCUCAGUGGACAUGGAAACCUUUCUACAAAUGUCGAACACAACCGUAGCCCAAUCAAGCACUCAAACAUCCAAAAGCGAUAAGUCCAGCCGCAGAGCUGAUUGAGCGCAUCAUGCAAGACUAGACCUAGAAACGCGUGCUGAGUAUAAAUCAUUUACCAUAUGCCGGGCCAAAUCAAUCCAAAGUUCACCAACAAAUUUUUAGUAUUUCGGAUUCAACAAUAGCCAAAAAGACAUUUCAACACAUUGAUCAAUCUAUAAAAUAAGAAAAAACG